AUGAACAUCUUGCGCCUUCCACCUGCGCUGCGUCGCGAGGUCUAUAGAUGCAGUGCAGCAUGCGCGCCAAUAACGCGACAUCUCACAACCACCGCCUAUAACGAUGGUUGGAACGACGGGCUCGACAUCGACCAUGCGCCUCCCACCGUCUCCAAGUCCCUCCUAACGCUCUCGCCCGCAACGCUAAACUCCUACGACGUUUCAACACCCCCAUCAUCCACCGAACUGAGGCAUGCCGGCGCCUUCUUCACCCGACAACCACCCCACAUCCUCUUCACCACACCCUACUUCCGCUCCUUCCCACCUUCCCCCUUUCCCGAAGUCGCCUUCCUCGGGCGCUCGAACGUUGGAAAAUCGUCCCUCCUCAACGCCCUCUUCGGCCGCCCCACUGAGAAACCUGCCCACGUCUCAAAACGACCCGGAAAGACACGGACGAUGAAUGGAUACGGCAUCGGAGGGGAGGGAAUGGUCGGUGCGAAAGCGAGAACAAAAGAGGGCAGAGUCGAUGCCAAAGAAGCCAGCGAUCCCACCUGGAAACGGUUCGGAAGGGGAGGAGUGGUAGUCGUGGACAUGCCAGGGUACGGCGCUGGGAGUAGAGGGGAAUGGGGCGGGGAGAUCAUGAAAUAUCUCGAAGGGAGGAAGCAAUUACGACGCACAUUUGUCCUUGUCGAUACAGCGCACGGCUUGAAGGGCAGCGACCUGCAACUCCUCCUUCAUCUUCGACAGCAAGGAGUCCCGCAUCAAAUCGUUCUAUCCAAAGUCGAUAAACUCCUCUACCCCGAACCCAAAGCCCCAGGUCCGCAGAAACUACACAACCGCCUUUUGAAGUUGCAGGAUACGUGCGCGGAGCUGAAAGACAAGCUUAAUGAGGCUGCAGCGGGAGUGGGAGGGAGAAGCGCGAUGCAUGAUUUGCUUUGCUGCAGUGCGGAGAAGAGUAUCGAUGAGAAGGGGAGACACAGGAGGAUUGGGAUUGAUGAGUUGAGGUGGUCAGUUUUGACGGCUUGUGGGUUGGAGGGCAAGCCUUUGGUACAGAGUAAGAUUCAGAAGGAGAGGAAUGGGAGGAGAGUGGAAGCGCCGAGGACGAGGCAGAGGGCGGAUACGGGAGGAGAGGAGGAGUAUAUGCCGAUGGAUGCGUGA